GCAGCCAUGGCGGGUGAAGGAAGCCGAGAUCGAGUGCUUCUGGGCAGCUUGGUGUACUUAACGAUGCUGUUGGCGCCAGGUCUGGCUCAGAACUUCACCCAAUUCGCCUAUGACUAUGCUCCCUACUUGCGGUUCGACAGCACGGCGGGCUCGGGGGAGCGGUGCUUCCCGCAAGCGGCCGCGGAGUACUACGAGGCGCGGCUGGCGGGGGACUGGUCCCGCAAGUGCAACACUAACUACUCCUCUCUGGAGGCCGGGGAGGUGCCCACCUACUGGCACGCCCUCACCUGCGGAUACCACCUGCACAUAGCCUACUGGAACUUCUACGGCUACAACCACAACUGUGACUGUUGCUCCGGCGAGAGAGACGCUUGGUGGGAGUCUAUUGUCAUCAAGGUUCGCGACUGGGAGCUGAGCCCACACCUGCACGAGGUCAUGUUUGGUCAGAAGAAAGGUUGGUACACACGGAUCCCGGGGCACUAUGAGACGCAAGGCACCAGUCACCCUGUCGCUUACGUGGGCAAGAACAACCACGGCGCCUACCAUGACGACGGUGGCACUGGCUCCUGUUGUUACUAUGAAGACUACCGCAACCCAGGCAGCCCUGACCAGUCCCUGGAGACUUGGGUGAAUCUGGUGGAGCUGCGUCAGGAGGACGGGGCCGAGGACUGGAUGGGUGACCCUAACAGCGAUGUGUGGAGUGGCAUCCUUCCUCCAACCUUCAGGACGGACUGGGACCUGUGUGCUCUCACCAGCUGCACUGGUUCGACUCUCCAGGUGUGUGGUACAUGUGGCUGCCACAAGAGUGACGUUAGCGAGGGUCCCUUCUGAUACCCCGGCUCCACAUGUGUAUUCAUACACAUGUGCCUCCCCACACCUGCCUCAGGCAACACAUGUAUCCUUUCACACACCUGUAUCCUUAAUUACUGGCACGUUGCACCUGCAAACAGUCCUCGACAUCUGUAAUUGCAGAGUUCCUUAUUCAUCUGUCCUUUCUUAAGACUUCAGCCUCUUUGUCAUCAUACUCCCUCGAAACACACGUAAAAUAUCCCGAGACGGGGUAAACAGUAUCCUUAAAUAGCAUCAUUAACCUUGAACAACAUCAUUAACCUUGAACAGAAACUUUAACCUUAAAUAUUCAGAAGCGUUUAGGGAUGGCGACGCUCCUAGACGAUUCUAGGAGCGUCGACCUGGACCCGAAUUCUAGGACCUGAGUAGUUCUUCGUUGCUUAUCACUGAACGCAUUCUAGUUUCUUAAAGAUCUUUAGUUAUAUAUGGCGGACAAUAUUGCAUGAUGGUGCUUGAAGAUAAUGUUGACUAACACAGUACUAUCCGUAAGAUCCCUCUGCUUGAAAUAAUAUAAUUUUACUUGCCUAACUCUCUGUGAUAAUAACCACUAUAACAAUAACCACUAACAUUACCUUCUAAAACAUUAACCACUGUUAAAUUAACCACUUUAGCAUUAACCUCUGUAUCAUUAACCCCUGUAACAUCUACUUAUAUAGUAACCAUAAUCAUUCUAACAUUAAGCACUGUAACUUUACCCUCUGUAAUUAGACUAUUGCCUUUAUAACUUUAUCACAUAUAUUCUUAACUAAACGAGUACAGACUGAGUGCCUGCGCCGUGUGGCUGUAGCUCUCCACCCCCGCCUCUGCCCGGUGGAGUGAGUUACAGGUAUACCAACAUUACCAAUCAUAAAAGUUAACACAAUUGUAAAUUGCUUCCUGGCCCGGGCUCUCGGGGCAGGUACGGGGCCUAAUUAUGCCAAUUAAACUGAUCCGAAAUUAAAAA